GCGCAAGCCCCUCAUUUCUCUUACUCGCUUGAAAGUUGAAACUGGAAGUAGGUAUCGAAUCGAUUAGAGAAGAGAAGAGAAAAGAGAGUGAGUGUGCGUAACUCACUGUUGAGUGUUGGAGGAAGGAAAAAGGGUUUCCGAUGGAGAUCAAUAGUUCAAUUUCAUGCCCUUCAACUCCUCGUUGGAACUCCGAGAGGCCGUUCCUUACCGGCCGCUUCCAUCAGGAAACCAAAACGACGUCGCGAUUCGCCGAUAUCAAGGAUUCCCAUACUCUGGGAUUCCAAGAUGCCAUUGGUUGUUACAAUGCUGCUGUUCAGGAACUGAUGGUCAUCGAUGACCUCUUGUCCGCCAUGGUUGGCAUCCAAGGGCGCUACAUUUCCAUCAAAAGAGUCCGCGCAAGGGAGGAUGAUUUCACCUUUCAAGUUGAUGCCUCCAUGGAUUUAGCUCUUCAGGAAUUGGCCAAACGGGUGUUUCCUCUGUGCGAGAGCUUCAUGCUCAUCAAUCAGUUUGUUGAAUCAAGAUCUCAGUUCAAGAAUGGCUUAGUUAAUCAUGCCUUUGCUGCUGCUCUCAGGGCCCUCCUCCUAGAUUACCAGGCUAUGGUGGCACAGCUUGAACACCAAUUUCGACUCGGAAGACUCUCCUUACAAGGCUUGUGGUAUUACUGUCAGCCAAUGAUGGGAUCUAUGCAAGCACUAUCCACUGUAAUACAGAAAGCUUCAGCUAAUAAUUUUGUCGGUUCUGCAGUACUUAACCUUGUGCAGAGUCAGGCUAAGGCCAUGGCUGGUGAUACUGCUGUAAGGUCAUUGCUAGAAAAGAUGGCUGAAUGUGCUAGCAAUGCCUACCUGGGUAUAUUAGAGAGGUGGGUCUAUGAAGGAGUCAUUGAUGAUCCUUAUGGUGAAUUUUUCAUUGCUGAGAACAAAUCUCUUCAAAAGGAAAGCCUCACUCAAGAUUAUGAUGCCAAGUAUUGGAGGCAACGUUACAGCCUUAAGGAUGGAAUUCCUAGCUUUCUUGCAAAUAUUGCUGGGACAAUUUUGAUCACCGGAAAGUAUCUAAAUGUCAUGAGAGAAUGCGGGCACCAUGUUCAGGUCCCUGUAUCUGAAAAUUCAAAAUUGAUGAGCUUUGGAUCAAAUCAUCGUUAUAUCGAAUGUAUAAAAUCUGCUUAUGACUUUGCAAGCAGCGAGCUCUUAAAUCUUAUCAAAGAAAAGUAUGAUCUAAUGGGAAAGCUACGAUCUAUAAAGCACUAUCUUCUUCUUGAUCAGGGUGACUUUUUAGUUCAUUUUAUGGAUAUUGCUCGGGAUGAGCUUAUGAAAAAGCUUGACGACAUUUCUGUGGAGAAACUGCAAUCUCUACUAGACCUUGCUUUGCGAACCACAGCAGCCGCAGCAGAUCCCUGCCAUGAGGACUUAACAUGUUGUGUGGAAACAUCUUCUUUGCUUAGAAGACUAGGGACACUUAAAGAUCGUGAAAAGAGCAGGAAUGUUCUUGAUGAUAAUGAUCUUGAGGAACCGCUGAGCUUAACUGGACUUGAGACAUUUUCUUUGAAUUAUAAGGUUAGGUGGCCAUUGUCUAUAGUGAUCUCUAAGAAAGCCCUAACAAAGUAUCAGUUGAUUUUCCGCUCCCUUUUCCACUGUAAGCAUGUAGAACGCCAACUUUGUGGGGCGUGGCAAGUGCAUCAGGGAGUUCGUGCCCUGAACAUGCGUGGAAGUGCUAUCGGCAGAUCAUCUCUCCUCUGUCGGAGCAUGCUUAAAUUUAUUAAUAGCCUUCUACACUAUCUAACCUUUGAGGUUCUUGAACCCAAUUGGCAUGUGAUGCAUAAUAGGCUUCAGACUGCAAAGAGCAUAGAUGAGGUUAUCCAACACCAUGACUUCUUCCUUGACAAGUGCUUGAGAGGGUGUUUGCUUCUUUUGCCUGAAUUUCUCAAGAAGGUGGAGAGGCUGAAAUCACUUUGCCUACAAUAUGCUUCAGCAACUCAAUGGUUGAUUAGUUCACUUGUGUCAGAGAGACCUAAGCAGUCCAAAUCACGGAGCCGAUGUCAGGCACUAUCAAUAAACUCCAGCAACACAAAUUUUACUGAUGCUAUUCUCAAAUUCGAGAGGGAGUUCAAUGCAGAGCUUCAGAGCCUAGCACCAAUACUGAGCAGCAGCUCCCAAGCAGAACCGUAUUUGACUCAUCUCGCACAGUGGAUUUUGGGCAUUGGAAAUGAUCAAUGAAUUCUAGAAUCAGUUGCAUUAGUUUUUUCUUUCCUUUUUUCUGAUCGAUUCAUUACUUUGAUUCAAGGUGUGGGAUAGUCUGACGGUUUUAGUUUGGUUGGUUUUUGUGUGUCCCUGUGAUCAGAAUUUAUACAGGCACCUGGAGUUAAACCCUCGAGUGUUUUCGAUGAGAAAGUUUUAUGUUAGUAACAAAUUAACUACUAGACA